CUUUAAAAGGCGAAAGUCAGACAGAGACACAUGCAGAGAGAGGAAUACCAUACGCUCAUCUGAAUACACUUUGAGACUUCGACAGAAGUGACUAACUAAAAUGGCAGACGUAGCCGUUUCCAAGGCCGCCCCCAAAUUCAAGCAGAGGGCCAUGCGCACCUUCAAGAGCAAGGCACCCAAACCCGGCCAGAAGGGAUUCGGAGACGACAUCCCCGGCAUGGAGGGUCUCGGCACAGACAUCACCGUGGUCUGCCCAUGGGAAGCCUUCGGGGACAUGGAGCUCAGCGACCUGGCCAAAUAUGGAAUCGUCUAGCCCUGAAUUUUCACAGUUGUCCCUCAUGUUCUCUUAGCAGCUGAAAUCUUGUUCAUCUUAUCUUGUUUGCUCAAGAGAGGAGAAGGCUUUUGAUCAUUCAAAGGUUUGACCAGGGAAAAAAAGAAAUCCAAUGCAGUUCAAUUUGUAAUAUAAAAUAGGUUUUGUUAUAUGUUAUGGAUUUCAUGUCAAGAUGCAAAUAUAUCUAUUUUGUGUAUUAACCGAAUACGUUUGCACUUGAAAUCUUUAUAAACUUUUCAGA